CUAAUAAUCCAUGUGUGCGCUGAAGUAAACUUCUAGUCGUUAAAUAACAUUUCCGAAAACAAAAGUUAUACAUAAAUAGAUAUUUAAACCAUGUCGGUCCGUGCGAUGGGAGUGCUUUGUCAGGCGCGAAACCUGGCCCGCCUUGGGGGCGUGCUGAGGCAGAGCCGCCUGCCUGCAGUCGCAGCGGUCCAUAAUUUCGCUCCGCGAUUACAUCGAUCGCAUGCCGGCCUCUCCCUUCGUUGCUUCGCCACUGAAACCAAGGAGGCGCCGCAGGGAAAGGUGGACAAGCACGAGUUCCAAGCGGAGACGCGACAGUUGCUGGACAUUGUGGCUCGCUCCCUGUACUCUGACCACGAAGUCUUUGUGCGAGAACUUAUCUCCAAUGCCAGCGAUGCCCUGGAGAAGUUUCGCUACACCUCGCUGAGCGACAGCGGAACGGAUCUAGCUGGCAAGGACCGGCCUCUGGAGAUUCGCAUCACCACAGACAAGCCGCUGAUGCAGCUCAUCAUACAGGACACGGGCAUUGGCAUGACCAGGGAGGAGCUAGUUAGCAACUUGGGCACAAUUGCGCGCAGCGGUUCGAAACACUUCUUGGAGCAAAUGAAGAGCAACCAACAGGAUGGCACCUCAGAGGCCUCCUCCAACAUAAUUGGCCAGUUUGGUGUCGGCUUCUACUCGGCCUUUAUCGUGGCCAAUAAAGUGGAGGUGUAUACGCGGGCGGCUACGCCUGACGCAGUUGGUUUGCGUUGGUCCACUGAUGGCAGCGGGACCUACGAAAUCGAGGAGGUGCCGGACGUGGAGCUGGGUACAAAGAUCGUGUUGCACCUGAAGACUGAUUGCCGGGAGUAUGCGGAUGAGGAUCGCAUCAAGGCUGUGAUUAAGAAGUACAGCAACUUUGUGGGCUCGCCCAUUCUGCUGAACGGAAAGCAGGCCAACGAGAUAAAGCCGCUGUGGCUGCUGGACCCGCAGAGCAUCAGCCAGGAGCAGCACCACGACUUCUAUCGCUUCAUCAGCAACAGCUUUGAUGUACCGCGUUUCACGCUGCACUACAAGGCUGACGUUCCCUUGAGCAUUCAUGCGCUUCUGUACUUCCCCGAGGGCAAGCCGGGCAUGUUCGAAAUGUCGCGAGACGGAAGCACUGGCGUCGCUCUGUACACGCGCAAGGUUCUCAUCCAGUCGAAGACUGAGAACCUCCUGCCCAAGUGGCUGCGCUUUGUUAAGGGCGUGGUCGACUCUGAGGACAUUCCGCUCAACCUGAGCCGCGAGCUUCUGCAGAACAGCAGUCUGAUCCGGAAAUUAUCGAGCGUGAUAUCCACGCGCGUAAUCCGAUUCCUGCAGGAACGCGCCAAGAAGCAGCCGGAGGACUAUGAGACCUUCUACCGUGAUUACGGGCUCUUCCUGAAGGAGGGCAUCGUCACCUCAAGUGAUCCUGCCGAGAAGGAGGAUAUUGCCAAGCUACUGCGGUUUGACUCGUCCAAAUCCGAGACGUCCAGUGGGCGCAUGUCACUGGAGGAAUACUAUAACGCUGUUCCCGCUGACCAACAAAACAUAUACUACCUGGCAGCCCCUAACCGCGUCCUAGCGGAAUCCUCGCCCUAUUACGAGAGCCUGAAGAAGCGCAACGAACUGGUGCUGUUCUGCUACGAGCCCUAUGAUGAGCUUGUACUAAUGCAACUGGGCAAGUUUAAAAGCAAAAAUCUCGUCUCUGUGGAGAAGGAAAUGCGCGAGGAGUCUAAGGAAACGACGGCAAGCACUGACUUUGGCGAGGGCAGCCUGCUGCGCUCAGAGCUCGAUAAGCUGAUUCCCUGGCUCGAAGAGGAACUUAAGGGACAGGUGAUCAAGGUGAAGGCCACAACUCGCUUGGACACGCACCCGUGCGUUAUCACCGUGGAGGAGAUGGCGGCGGCUCGCCACUUCAUUCGCACUCAGAGCCAUCAGGUCCCAGAGCAGAACCGUUUUGCACUGCUGCAGCCGGAGCUGGAGAUUAACCCAAAGCACCCCAUUAUCAAGAAGCUGAAUAAGUUGCGCGAAAGCGACAAGGAGCUGGCCCAACUGAUCACAAAGCAGCUCUUCGCCAACGCCAUGGUGGGCGCUGGUUUGGCGGAGGAUCCUCGCAUGCUCCUGACCAACAUGAACACUCUGCUGUCGCGGGCCCUGGAGAAGCACUAGUAAUAUUAAUUUGUAUAAUUAGCCCGUAAUGACCGUGUUGAAAUAGUUGUAAACAUUAAAUGAACCUUUUUUUCCCAAA